CGACUCUCCUCCGAGCAGAAGAUCAUGCAUGCAGCUGAUGCUGAUGACUGGAGUGAAUGAUCCUUAAUAAAUAAGAAACAUGAUCCGGAUAGCUGCUCUGAAUGCAGCAUCUCAUGCUGCAGAUGAGCAUGAAGACGCCUUCAGAAGCACUAAAACAAGUCAAACGAAGGAAGCCCAGGAGGCAGAAGCGUUUGCUCUGUAUCAUAAAGCUCUUGAUCUGCAGAAACAUGACAAGUUUGACGAGUCUGCCAAAGCCUACCAUGAGCUCCUCAGGACGCCGCUGCUCAAGGAGGCAGUGGCAUCUGAAGAUGAGAAAGUUGGACUCAAGCAUCCUGGGCUGAUGUUGAAGUACUCCACCUAUAAAAACCUGGCCAGUCUUGCUGUGCUCAAAGAUGAUUUAGACACUGCCAUGGACUUCUAUGUGCAGGCUGUCAUGCUGGACUCCACAGAUGUGAAUAUGUGGUUUAAGCUGGGAAAGUUGGCCUUGAAGAAGGCCAGCAUGCCUUUGGCCCGUCAUGCGUUUGAGGUGGGCUUACGCUGUAACCCGGACCACUGGCCCUGCCUUGACAGUCUCAUCACGGUCCUCUACGCUCUGAGUGACUACAGCUGUUGUCUGUACUACAUCUGUAAGGCUCUGGAGAAGGACACGGGUUACAGUAAGGGACGAGUGCUCAAAGAGAAGAUCUUUGAAGAGCAGUCCUGCCUCAGACGAGACUCUAUGAAGAUGUUCUCCAAACUUGAUGUAUCAGUGCAGUAUGUGGAUGUAGAUGAGGAGGAAGCCCACAGCAUUGUAGAGGAAGCGCUGGAACUGAGGAGACAGAGACAGGCUAAACUCACACGGCAUCCUGUAGCUGACCUGCAGCUGGUUCAGCCCAUCAAAUACUUCACGUGGAAGAGUGUUGGGGAGAGUUUCUUGGCGAUGUACAAACACCAGAACGCUUGUCUGGUCCCACGGCCUGACUUUGGGCGCCGCAUCGACCUGUCAAUGUACCGCGACCUGGACUACCUCGUGCAAGCGCCCACCAGCACUCCAGCACCCGCCACUGUUGCUUCAGACCCCCCUCAGCCCCCCAUACCCGUCAGCGUACCUCAGGCCCCCCCUGCCCCUCCGCCAGGUCCCAGUAGCCCGAGUGCCAGUCUGCCCCCAUCCACCGAGCUCUUUGUCCAGCCGCUGACCCAGCCCAGCGCUGCUGCAGGAGUACCGCAGAGUCAGAACGUCAUUGAGAUCACCACUACAACCACAGUCACCACUACUGCUGCCACUGGAGCUGAGGAAACCGCUGUUACCACGCUCACUACUGCUGCUCUGGACGCCGCCUUGAAUGACAAAGUGAAAAAAGGCACCAAGAGAAAACGUGUGGUAGAGGACACCGUAGAGACGGCGAAGAGGCGCUCGGCACGUGUCCGUAACACCAAAUGCAAGAAAGAAGAGAAGAUUGACUUCCAAGAACUCCUGCUCAAAUUCCUCCCCUCUAGACUGAAAAAGUUUGAAGAUGAUGAAGAUGAGGAGAGCCUGAGUAACUUGGACUCACAGUGUGACGGCAAACCUGGUUCCCAGUUGAACCGUGGAUCCAACUCCUCUGAGUACAUUGUGUCUAUGGAGUCAGAGCGGAAGGAAGUUCAUGCGUUCCUGUUGGCGAACAUGCAGAACGGCGGCAUCCUGGAGCUGAUGAUGCGGUAUCUGAAGGUGGUGGGGCAGAAGUUUCUGGAGGAGUGGCCAGCGGGCCACAGCACAGCGGUGCUGGAUCUCUUCAACUGCUGGAGGAAACACAGCGCUGGCCUGCCCAACCCACUGCUCAGAGAUUCCAGCAACCAGCACAUAAAGGAAAUGAUGCUCAUGUGUCUCUGCUGUCUGGAGCUGCAGUUGGAGCAGAAGUCCAUGAUGAAGGGCAAGAACAUGUCUCAGAGGAAGGCCAUGUCUGGUUCAGGAAGGGAUUGUGGGGACGCUGAUGGUCUAGAGACCCGCUUUCAGACAGAUAUGUUCCUCCUGACCAUGGCCUCCUCUCAGAGAGAUCUGUUUGAAGACGACUGGCUCGCUUUUGCAGUCAGAGUUCACUGGCUCAAAGCACGAUACCUCACCUUUCAGGGUGACAUGGAGGAGGCGCUGGAGUGUUACGACAUGUGUGUCGGUCUGCUGAAAGGUCAGACAAGUGAGAUGGAAAAAAUCACCAUCCUCCUGCCCAACCUCAGUGUGGACAAUGCCAUCUCAAUAGAGGAGGUACAGUACAAAAGAAACUACCAGUCUGUGGUCCGUCUGCUGCAGCCCACACUGAGCUUCGGCCCCGGCUCGGCACGAAUGAAGCCUCUAGAUUACAUCAGCUCUGCUCCUGAGAGACCAGCACAGCUGUUACUGCUGCAGAGCUCCCUGCUGCGGCUGAAAGACUACAGCUCCUGCCUCGAGACAUCUGAAGUGUCUCUCAAUGAGGCCAUACAGCAUUUGAACUCUGGAUUACCCAGCAGCCCCUCUGCAAAGGAGGAGUGGGUGUCCACCGUCACGGCCCUGCUGAGGGCCAUCGAAAGCUGCAUCACGGACAAGCCUGAGCUGCUCAUCCACACCCCACGAUCCACAAACCUCCCGCGCCUCGCCAACAACCUCAUACAGUUGAUUGCCAACAGCAUGGUCUUACCUGAUGACCCCAAAGAGGCUCAUUUCUCAUCACUGCUGCCAUGGAUUCUGCUGUACCACCUCAUCAAACAGGAAGAGGCAGCCUUUGACUGCAUGCUGCAGCAGCACAUCACAGAUGAGGAUGAUGAUGAGGAUGAUACUCCAUUGCUGCCCUCCUCCCUCAUGCUUCUGAACACGGCGCACGAGUACCUGGGCCGUCGCUCCUGGUGCUGCAACUCUGAUGGCGCUUUACUCAAAUUUUUUGUGCGUGUUUUGCGGGAGAGGCUCUCGGGACAUGAGAAUCUGCCAUAUAAAGAGGAUCUGGAGACGGCACUAGAGCAGUGUUUCUUCUGCCUGUAUGCUUACCCGAGCAAGAAGAGCAAAGCCCGAUACCUCGAGGAGCAUUCUGCCCCACAGGUGGAGCUUCAUUGGGAUGAUGCCGUCUUUAUGUUUGAGUACUUUAAACCCAAGACCUUGCCAGAGUUUGACAGCUAUAAGACCAGCACUGUCUCUGUUGACCUUGCCAACCUGCUUAAAAGGCUUUCUGGAAUAAUCCCACGCAACGACGGCCCCACAAUCGCUGUAGACGAUGUGUCUGCUUAUAUCGAAGGAGGUGCUCUCAAGGUGCCAGCACUUCCAGAAGGAGCUUCCCCGGCGCCCCCUGUGGUUAACGAGCUGUACUACCUGCUAGCGGACUACCACUUCAAAAACAAAGAGCAGUCGAAAGCCAUCAAGUUCUACGUGCACGACAUCUGCAUGUGUCCUAACAGGUUUGACUCGUGGGCAGGCAUGGCACUGGCACGCGCCAGUCGAAUCCAGGACAAGCUGAACUCCAAUGAGCUCAGGAGUGACGGACCCAUCUGGAAAAACUCUCUGGCAGUGCUGACCUGUUUCAAACGGGCUCUGGAGAUAGACAGCUCCAACCUCUCCCUAUGGAUCGAGUAUGGUACCAUGUCCUAUGCCUUGCACUCUUUCGCUUCCAGACAGCUCAAACAGUGGAAACACGAACUUCCUCCUGACUUGAUCAAACAGAUGGAAGAGCGCAGGGACUCGAUGUUGGAGACGGCAUCGCAGUGCUUUCAGAGCGCCUCACACUGUGGCGGUGAUGAGGAGGAGUGGCUCAUUCACUAUAUGCUGGGAAAGAUUGCAGAGAAGCACAAACUGCUGCCCAAAGACUACCUGCAGCUAUACAAAAAGUCUGCACACUACCUGCAUGAGGAAGCAGCCAGAUACCCACGCAAAAUCCACUACCACAACCCACCUGACCUCGCAAUGGAGGCCUUAGAGCUGUUUUUCCGCCUGAGCGCCACCAUUCUGAAGUUGCUGGAGAAUGAGGAAGAUGAUGGUGAACAAUCUGAGCAGCAGAUGAAGCUACUAGAUUAUGAGCUGUUCUUCAACAUGCUCGCUGAAGCUGCUGUCGGACCCUUUGCACGCGGAGAGGAAAAGACCGCACCCAAAACCAGCAUCGACAAGGAAAAGCUUCCAUCCAUUAACGAUGAGGACUCGCGCUCCUCGGUUGGCGUGAGUACCUGUCAGGCAGCGUUGGCCACCUCAUCUGUCACAUCUGUGGUGGCUCCAACAACUUCUUUGCCUGGCGACGGUGCGGCAGGUGCGAGUUCUCCCCCGUACGUGGUCACUCCGGUCGACCACGAUUACAUCAAACGUAAAAGCCUGCAGCAGAGGCACAGGCAGGGGCAGGAGCUCCAGCAGCAGCAGCCGCAGGACGCUGACUUCUCACAUGACCAUGACUACUGCCUGUGUCUCUCUACUUUGCGGCCAGGAUCUGUGUAUGAGCAAAGUCAGGACAGCGUUGCUGGCUUGUCAGACUCCAGCUCCUUGCAGGAUGUCUUCAUGGACGCCACCAGCUCACAGGACAGCAGCCACAAGGUCGAUCCUGGGAAGUGUAGUAUUUUUCCGGAAGAAUCAAAUGCCACUGGAAAAGAGAAACCGGCCACAAUAGAGGACGCAGGCCCCUUGGAGGACAAGAACAUGGAUAUCAGCUCCACCACACUCUCUCAAGAAUCUUCAGUCACACAAGAGUCUUCGGACACCACCUUAUCCAUCACGUCGCCUGAGGCCUCCGUCCCCAAAACUCCUACCUCAGACACCCCGACCCAAGCUCCACCUCAUCUGCUGCACUCCGCCCAACCACAAAGACCUCACCCCCAGACCAGCUCCUCCAGUGAGGGCAAGCGCAGGCCAGAGCCGCCGCCUCCGCUGGAGGUGAUAGAGCUGCCUAAGUGUCUGCCACCGGGACGGAGAGAGCAGAGGAAAACACUAGUGCAUGUGUGUGUGAGGUCUCUCUUCCUGUGUCUGAGUCGCUUCCCGCAACACUACAAGAGUCUCUAUCGUCUGGCACACCUGUACGCCUACAGCAGGACACACAAGAACCUGCAAUGGGCACGAGACGUGUUGCUAGGGAGCAGUGUCCCAUGGCAACAGCUGAAGCACAUGCCAGCACAAGGACUUUUCUGCGAGAGGAAUAAGACCAAUCUGUUCAACGGCAUCUGGCGUAUUCCAGUAGAUGAGAUCGAUCGUCCUGGUAGUUUUGCAUCUCAUAUGAACAGAUCCAUCGUGCUCUUGCUGGAUGUUCUGUCUCAACUGAAAGAUCACCACACUUUACUUAAAAUCUCCCUCAUGCUUCAGAGAACCCCUGAGCAGGGAAAGAAGUACUUAAGAGAUGUGGACCGACAAGUUUUGGCCAAGCGAGCAUUUUUCUUCACUGUAAAAGUGCUGGAAGACAAUCUGGAUAAACUCACAGGGGUAAGUGAUCCCCCUAAACCGUCUACCACCUCUAUGGGUGAAAUGACCACUGCAGAUGUGUCCAAUCAGCCCCCUGCUGUGGAGGACCCCAAAUGCUCCCACGCCACCCAGCCUAAAGCAGGACUCCCCGACACCCCUAAGGCCACAGGAAGUGAGACCGGACCUCCUGGCAUACCUCAGCAAUGUUCAGCCACUCUUCAGCUCUCCCUGGAGCCUUUAAUUCAGGCGGCAGAGGCCGCCGUUCACCCCAGAGAAGGUACUUCAGCACUUGCAGAGCCUAUGGAGCUUGGCCCUGGAUCAUGGCCGGGUGCCUCAAAAUUCAGAGACCCUCAAACGCCUGCUGAAACCAGACCACAGGAGCAGGGGGUGGAUAAAUCGGCAACAGAGGAGGCCGAUAAGGUCCCAGAGAGCAGUCGGGUAUCUGAGCUAUCGCUGGAGGAGUUGAGCAUUAGCUCAAAACAGCAGCAGCUACAGAAUCAGGUGAACGCAGCUAAAGGAGCACUUACUAUGGUCACAACACCAACAGCCAGCAACCCCACACCUCUACCCAGCACCCCUGAGGUGGGACCACAGCAGAGACCCAACAGGAAGAGGAAGCUGCUGGAUGACGUGGAGUCGGGCAAGACGCUGCUUUUGGAUGCGUACAGGGUGUGGCAGCAAGGUCAGAAGGGCAUGACCUACGACCUGCGGCGCAUCGAGAAGAUCAUGUCCGAGACCUACAUGCUGAUUAAACAGGUGGAUGAGGAUGUAGCAUUGGAUCAAGCUGUUAAGUUCUGCCAGAUUCAGAUGGCGACGUCGGCACAAAGACAGAUCUCCGGUGAUGCACCCAGCACUCCCAAGUUUAGUAAAGACCAGCGAGACUUCUUCUUCCCAGCAUCGUUCUCCACACCGUGCCUCCACACACACACGUACCCAGCACCAACGCAGGACGGGGAGGCCAAGCUGAGCAAGACCCCUCGACCGCUUCUCAUACAGACGCAGACACACAGCACUCCAACACAGAUCUACUGCCCGCCCUCCAGCCAACCCGACCAAUCACAACAGCGAAAGACGCCUUGCCAGCCAAUAGCAAGCAUGGCCUUCUUGCCUCACACAGAGGAUAGAGAGGAGCCGGUUACUGAGGGUCUGCUGUACCGCCAACAGGAGUCCCAUCUGUGCCAGCAGAUGAAGAUGGCCACCGUCUCUCAGAUUCACAGUCACGAGCCCCCGUCCUGCUCAACACUCACCAGCACAGAAAGUGACCAGUCAGAGCAGGCAGAUGCGUGUCGCAUCCGGUCCAGAAUUCCACCCAACAUGCCCAAACUGGUGAUCCCCUCCACAGUCACUAAAUUCCCCCCAGAGAUAACAGUCACGCCCCCCACGCCCACCCUGCUCUCCCCGAAGGGUAGCAUCUCUGAGGAGACCAAACAGAAACUCAAGAAUGUGAUCCUGUCCUCUCAGUCGGCAGCUAACGUGAAGAACGACACUCUCGCUCAGCCCGCUUUAGAGGUGCAAGAGACGUCGAGUCUGGAAUCCUCUAUGGAAAGCGAGUCGGAUGAAGAAGAUGACUACAUGGACAUUUGAACGGUCAGGCUUUGAGCUGCACUGCUGCAGAACUCUCAAGCUGAGCUCGGAAGCGAAAUCUCCUUAUUUAAAUGUGUAGCUGUAGCUAAUCGUUGACGGUUUUGUCUUUGUCCGUUUUUCUAUAGCGCGUUUUCUCCGCUGUAUGCACGUUUUUCAGCGAAAGGGCUUUUUCCUACCCUGGCACUUGUGUACUGUUGGUUUUGCUCCUUUGCUGCUAAGCAUGGACUGGGUUUCUAUGUCGUUUUGUAGAUUUUUUUUGUAGUUCACUUUGUACGAUCCUGCAAAGUGCCAUUUGUUCUCAAAACGACGCUCACACAGUGGAAUCAUGGAAAAUCGGUACAAAAUCAUUUCCUAAAGGAUGGAUUAUGUAAUAUUGACAGUUUGUGUAAUGCAGUUUACUCACUCAGAGUUUCCUGGGCAUUAAAUCCAUCACGACGUUGUUUACAGAUUUAAGAGGAAGUGAACUGUGCUUGACGUUUGGUAAAAAAAAACAUGAUUCAUAUCACAACCAAGUUUCAAUGGCAUUGUAACCAAACGUGGAAUAUCCCCUCGAGACGUCAGCAUGCAAACGUGAUGGUUUUUUUUACAGCCGUGUGGACAUGUAUCUCUGUUUUCCUGCUUAUGUGUUCGAAUUAUUUUGCAUGGAGCAUCACGUUUGAUUGGUUGUCCAUGCUUUAGCUACUGGCUUUUUAUAUAUAUAUAUAUAACAUUUUGGAGUAUUUAAACCACCACAAGUUCCAUUUGAGUUGUGUUACUGUUACUGUCUCACAUUUUUUACCUGAUUUCAUGUUUUCAUUUGUAGUUUUAUUACAUUUCCAUUUGAGGAUCAUAAACAACAGCGGCUGAAAGGGCAAAGCAUGUCAGUCUUAUCACCAGCACUGAGAAGAUGUGACUAUUAUUCAUAUCACAAUUGAAAUAUGAAUGUGAUCUAACUAGCUACAGAAGUAUUGACUUAAUGUUUUAUUUUUAUUUUUUCAAGAUUAUGCCAAGAUGUAUAAAUUACACAUUUGUUAAAUAAGAUGAAAAGGCCUAAAAAUGGUGCUGAUCCCUUAUUUUUGGCUUUUUAAAAUAAUCUUUAAAUGGAAAUUUCACCCAAAAAUGGCAGUUUGUUUAUU